CAUACUCAAACUAUCUUUGCGCGCUAACAGCUGUAGUGAUUUCUUUCCUUGUUGGUGAGUAAAACGUUCAGUGUGCUUGAGAAGAAGGGAGCGGUGCAAAACGCGUCUAAAACAACCUUCCCAUCCGACGAAACUCUUCGAAAAGAUACUUCAGCGAUGGCGGAGGCCCACCAGGCGGUGGCGUUCCAGUUCACCAUAACGCCAGAGGGGAUAGACCUGCAGCUCUCCUAUCAGGCCCUGAACCAGAUCUACCAGUCCGGAGUACGAUCCUGGAAGAAAAGAGUCAGCCGCCUGAGGAACAGAGUGAUCAAGGGAGUGUACCCUGCCAGCCCUUCCUCGUGGCUCUUUGUCGUCAUAGCGAUCCUGGCCACGAUGUACAUGCGCUCGGAUCCCAGCAUGGGGCUCAUCACGAAGAUACAGCAACACCUGCCUCUAAGCCUCCACGUCUCGCUCAGCACCCAGGGUCAGACCAUGCUGUCGGCGCUGGUCUUCAGCACCCUGCUCUGGCUCUCCCUCAUCCUGGCGCUCAGGUUCUGCCUCAAACUGCUUCUCUCCUACCACCAGUGGAUGUUCGAGCAGCACGGCCGGGUUUCCAACACCACAAAAGUCUGGGUGACUCUGCUGAGGUUACUAUCAAGCAGGAAGCCUCUGCUGUACAGCUAUCAAACCUCUCUGCCUCAUCUGCCUGUUCCUCCCAUCCAAGACACACUGAGCCGGUAUCUGAAGUCAGCGCGUCCUCUUUUGACUGAUCCAGAGUAUAAACGCAUGACUGAACUGGCCAACCAGUUUGAAUCCAACCUAGGAAACCGUCUCCAACGCUACCUGAAACUCAAAGCUCUGUGGGCCACCAACUAUGUGAGCGACUGGUGGGAGGAAUACAUCUACUUGAGGGGCCGAGGUCCCAUAAUGGUCAACAGCAACUACUACGGCAUGGACUUCCUGUACGUGACCCCAACCACGGUGCAGGCGGCCAGGGCGGGAAACACCAUCACUGCCCUGCUGCUCUACCGCCGCAAGGUCAACCGGGAGGAACUCAAACCGAGUCGUGUUCCAGGCACUGUCAUCCCUCUGUGUGCUGCUCAGUGUGAGAGGAUGUUCAACACAACACGCACACCAGGAGUGGAGACCGAUGUGCUCCAGCACUGGCAGGACAGCGAGUUUGUGGCAGUGUACCACAAGGGGCGUUUUUUCCGCUUGUGGGUGUACCAAUCGGGCCGGCUGCUGUCUCCCAGGGAGAUCGAACACCAGAUCCAGAGGAUCCUGGAUGACCCUUCCCCCCCGCAACCGGGAGAGGAGAAACUGGGAGCCCUCACUGCUGGAGAAAGGGUUCCUUGGUCCCAGAUGAGGAAGCAGUACUUCAGCUCCGGUGUCAACAAGCGAUCCCUGGAUUCCAUCGAGAGGGCGGCCUUCUUCGUGACAUUGGACGAUGAAGAGCAAGGCAUGAAGGGGGAGGACCCGGCGGGAAACUUGGACCGCUACGCCAAGUCCAUACUGCACGGGAAAUGUUACGAUAGGUGGUUUGACAAAUCCUUCUCCAUUGUGAUCUACAAAAAUGGGAAGAGUGGACUGAAUGCAGAGCACUCCUGGGCGGAUGCACCGACAGUGGCUCACCUCUGGGAGUACACCCUGGCCACAGAUGCCUUCCAGCUGGGCUACAAUGAGGACGGCCACUGCAAAGGCGACGUGGACCGCUCACUACCUUUUCCCCAGAGGCUCGCCUGGGACAUCCCCUCAGAGGUUCAGGCUCAGGCGUGCAGCUCCCUUGCCGUUGCCCAGGCUCUGGCGGAUGACGUGGACUGCCACGUGUUUCCCUUCAAAGAGUUUGGAAAAGGACGCAUCAAGAAGCUGCGCGUCAGCCCUGAUGCAUUCAUACAGAUUGGCUUACAGCUGGCAUACUUCAGGGAUCGAGGAGGUUUUUGUCUGACUUACGAGGCGUCGAUGACUCGUCUGUUCAGGGAGGGCCGGACCGAGACUGUGCGGUCCUGCUCCAGCGAGAGCUGUGCCUUCGUCAGAGCUCUAGAGGAUGGAGAGGCAGGGGACCAAUGCAGGCGUCUCUUCAAACUGGCCUCAGAGAGGCACCAGAACCUUUAUCGAAUGGCCAUGACUGGAGCCGGAAUAGACAGACACCUCUUCUGUCUCUACGUGGUGUCCAAAUACCUGGUGGACUCACCCUUCCUCAAAGAGGUUUUGUCGGAGCCUUGGCGUCUCUCCACCAGUCAGACCCCGGUUCAGCAGAUGGAGCUGUUCGACCUGAAGAACAACCCCGACUUCAUAUCGCUUGGUGGCGGGUUCGGACCUGUCGCCGAUGAUGGUUAUGGGGUUUCAUACAUCAUCGUGGGUGAGGAUAUGAUCAACUUCCACGUGUCUUCCAAAUACUCCUUCGGCGAGACUGAUUCCCACAGAUUUGGAGCUCAAAUACGCAAAGCUCUCCAAGACAUCAUGACUCUCCUCUCUGCUGACACAAAACCCUUGUUGUCCUCCAAAAGCACAGCCCAGCCUCAGUCCAAGAAGCUCCUCUGAAUGAGGCUGAAAGCUGCUCUCCCUCAAGACCUCAGAGCUGAGUGAAGAAAACCACUAAGAACAAAUAAUCUACAUCCUGUUAUCUUAAGCGCACAAUCCAUUUUGUGGCUGAACUGAAAGCGUUAAUUUCAUAUCCCAUUUAUAUUGGACGGGGUGAUCUGUGGCACCUGCACACAAUGUCAUGAUUUGCAUUCUUCCAUUAUGAUGAUAGACUUCUCUGUGAAUGGGCACUUACAAAGACAUUUUAUUCAGCGUUUAUUCAGCAUUCAGACGUUUAUUCAGCAUUAAUACAUACUCUUAAUAAUGCAUACUUUUUUUUUAUUUUACAAGCUGUGUAUGUCAGAGAGAUUAGAGCUAGACAUCGUGUGAGUACAAAAUGCUUCAACUCCCUUCUUUCUCAAAGAAUAUGUAACCAGUGAUAGUUGAAUUUUUAUUUUAUUUUUUUUAAAGAAAGAGAGGGCAAAGAGCAUCACAGAGGAAGGAAGUUAUUAUGGCAACAAUAAGAAGCCCGAUAAAGGGAGACAAAUCUCCCUGACAAAUGGUGGAAAGCAUUAAAAUCUCAAAAGUGAUGUCAAAUGUCUCUUUAGUUUGUAAGCAGAACAAAGUGUCAGCCAUAAACGGUUCUGUGUUCACCCCCACUGACUUUAAUUCAUCACAAUUUGACCUCCACUGCUGCUGGCUGUGGCUAAAAGUCAGAACUUGAGUGGAAAUGGAAGGCGAAAAAAAGGAUGAUAACGAUCAAGCUCAAUGAAGGGAAAGAGUUGCGUACAGACCUCCAACCAAAGUGGCUACAUUCAAUUUUGCAAAUGGAGCUAGAUGUUUGCACACUACAAAAAGAGAGCCCCAGUCUAAACUUUAAGAGUGGCCAAUGGAAAAGUUAAUUUCCAGCUACAGGGUUACUUCCAUCCAUCACCUGGUCUCAUGUACCACAGCCUCAAUAGUUUCUUUUAAAAAGUAAUCUGUGUCUUGGAGAAAGUGUUGCUGUUGUAACAGAUUCAAGUAACUGCCGGUGAUUGCAGUAAAAUGCAUCCUAAAGGACACUGUGGCUUUUAUACAAUAUCUGCUAAAAAACAAGUUUAUUCUAGUACACAAAUUAGUAUGCCACAUCAGUUUUGUGAUCAAAGGUAAAAGUAUCCAUACUACAAUGUAAAUGUAAAAAAACACUCCACCCUAAGUAAAAGUCCUGCAUUAAAAAAUAUUUUACAAAUGUACUUAAAGUAUAGAAAGUAAAAGUAUUCAUUAUGCAGCUGACAGCAACUUGUAUUAUCAUCAUGAACGCAGACUUUAAUGUUAAAACAAAUAUGAAUCUGCAAAGUAACCAGUAACUUAAGCUCUGAGAUAAUUGUUCUCAAGGAAAAAAGUACAACAUUUUCCUCAUUAUUGUAGUUGUGCUGGAAGUAUACGGUAGCAAAUAAAUACUCAAGUAAAGUUCCCCAAACCUGGGCCUUGGUAUAGAACUUUUCAUUGAGAAAAUGUAGUGUUUCGUAUUGACUUUUAUUCAUUCGAAAUUCGGCACUGCACGUCCUCUGGUCCCCGGCCAAUAACCUGUUAAUGUGAUGGACGGUUCUCAGGCUAUGCGAAGGACACACACACACACACACACACACACACACACACACACACACACUCCUUUGCUUCACAGUGAAUGUAGACGUAAAGCUUAAGCUGCGUCAGGGGAUCGAGUGCGUUUCAGUCGUUACAUAACAUUUGAUUUGAUGUCCCAUAAAUGUAAGUUCAAUAGGUUCCAUUUGAAAUCCGUUUUGGCACGAGUUAGGAACAAUAUCUGACACUUUAUUUCCAAUAUUUAACAGCUGCAGGAAAGUGAUGAAACUUUUUGUUGAUUCAGGCCGUAUUUUGAGAUCCAGUAAUAAGUCGCUCCGCAUUAUUCCAUUUAUGGUCAUGUGUUGGGAGGAAGGAAGGGGGGGGAAUAAAUUCAAAUAACUUUUUCAUGUUUGUUUAACUUUUAAUUGUCAGAGUAGAUGGGUUUAAUGAGGCGUAGGUGUCUUAGGUUGAGUGUUUUCAGUAACUGUGUGGACUUGCCUCAACAAGACGCUCCUGGGUGUAACCGGAGCUGAACAGUUCACUGAACCAACUUUUAUUAUUGUGGCGGAAACCUUGUUCAAACAUUUUUUCUUUUAUCAUCGAAUGUCUCACCAGGAGGAUUUUUUUCUCAAGUAACCCUUUUCCAGUCCGCUUAAGUGCCACUCUGGUUUGACAUUUUAGAACAGAACUGUGACCGGAUUCCACACGGAGUCUGUUCAGGCUAAUGCAAUGGAUAAAUAUAUUAAUCGUAUCAAUUAUGAGAUUUAAUUAAAUCUCUUUUUAAAAGCUGUGGCAUUUAAGAAACACUGCUGUGCCUGAAUUUAACUAUUCAUUCAGUAAAAACAACUUCAAUGCAAUGUUAGUUUUUUGGUUCUAAUCAAUGCAGUUUCUAACACUUAUCUAACAUGUCUAAACCUUGUCCUGUGUGAGAACAAGUCCCUCAGGCAGGCUGUUUGUCAUUGUGAGUUACUGAUCUCCCAUGUGCACUGAUGUGGUGGUAACACACGACACUAACAGUUUAUGUGUAACUGGAGCGCUGAGUUGACAAAAUCAUAUCCUAACUUUAUAUGUGGGGUUUCCUUGGCUCAAUAUUUGGCUUCGCUUUGUCCCAGACUCCACAGUUUGCGGCUCAUUCUGUGAGCUGUUAGGUCUCUGUGGUCCACUUCUUGUAAUGUUCGCUUAUUUGAAGUUUAUAUUGUGGUGGCAGUUUUGGAUAGGAGCGUCAGAUGUACUACAAAUGUAAUUUAGUCAUAACCAGCAAAUAUUUCUUCACUUCAGGCCUCAGCCUGCCAGAAAACGACAGCGCCUGUUAACCCAUUCUGUGCUUCAGUCUGCUCCCCUGUGCUGCAUGUAUUACUAUUUAAUAUCAUCAAGUAACAUAUGAUGGAUUAAGAGAUGGAAGCUGGAGGCCUUAAACAGUUUGGUCAAUGAGCCUCUACCAGAAAAAGGCAGAAAUGCCAGCACAAAGCUAGCUGUUUUAGUAAAGGAGUGAAGGUUAACAUUAGCAACUACUUAUUUGAUUUUGGGAAACAUUUUUCUGUGUGAUCUGUUACUGGUUAUUUUUUUUUUAAGUCUUGGUUAAUAAUGAUGCUUGAACAUUUUUGAUGAAUUUGUGGGUAUCGUACAUCAUGUUUAUUUUCUGAAUAUACACUUAAAAUGUGCUUAUUAUUGCUGUGUUUUUCGGUCAGUGGUUUUCACUCUAAAACUUAUUUAAAUAUCUAUUGUUGACUUUGUGAUGGAGGCCAUUUACAGUCUGUGAUGGUUAUGUGAAAUAAAAUACUUCCUGCCCCCAGA